UACAGGAAACGCUAGUCUCCGGUGAUAAAUAAGAGACCCGGCAGCACAGGAUGCAUGCAGGGCGAGCUCCUGGGGCUGCAGGGAUGUGAGUGGCACACAGGCUGUCCUUGCUUGAGCAGCGCGGGCGGACGCGCAGCCCACAGCUGAGCACCGUGGCAGCCCUGGCCCUGCCGCUCCUGCCGGGACAGUGCGGAGGAGGCAUGGGCAUUGUCCUGCUGCCACCGCGGCUGCUGCUGCUACUGGCCCCGGCCCUCUUCUGUGGGACGCCAGGUUGCGCAGUGGAGCAUGCCGAGGUGCUCUGUGCUGAGACUGCCUGCUACACGCUGCACGGGGACAAGCUGGCCUGGAGUGGCGCCCAGGAGAAGUGCCAGAAAAAUGGGGGCAACUUGGCCGCUAUCAGGAGCCUGGAGGAGGCCCAGCAUGUCCAGGAGCUGCUGAGCAGGAGCCACGCAGGGGCCGGCUGGCAGGGCAAGGUGUGGAUCGGGCUCUCCCGGGAGAAAGGCAAGUGCGUGCAGUCCCAUGACCCGCUGCGGGGCUUCGCCUGGGCCGGCAGUGGCGAGAAAACCAACUACUCGGCGUGGCUGGCUGAGCCUCACACCACCUGCUUGAGCCACCGCUGUGCCAGCCUACAGCCCGCGGGGCCCUCAUCGCCCACCGGCUGGGCCGACGGCCCCUGCCGGGUGCUACUCUCAGGCUACGUGUGCAAGUUCAGCUUCCAGGGCAUGUGCGCACCGCUGGUGCUGGGUGGCCCAGGUGCAGUGACCUACAUGACGCCGUUCAGCGUGGAGAGCGCAACGCUGGCAGCGGUGCCCUUUGGCACGCUGGCGCAGGUGACGUGCGGGGCAGACGAGCCGGAGCAGCACUUCAUGCUGUGCAAGGAGCGGGAGCCAGCGGGGGGCUUCACCUGGCAUUGCCGCGGGCCGCGCUGCGCCAGCUGCACCCGCCAUGAUGACAGCUGCGAGGGGGAGUGCGUGGAGGUGGAGCAGGGCGCCCCGCCAUGCUGUGCCUGCCCCCCCGGCUACGCACUGGACCUUGAUCUGGCGUCGUGCCUGCCUGCCGACAGCUGCCGCCCCAACCCCUGCGAGGGGCCCUGCCGCCGCCUCCCCGAUGGUGGCUUUGAGUGUGGCUGCGCAGAUGGCUACGUCCUGGCACCCGAUGGGCAGCGCUGCCUCGACGUGGACGAGUGCCUGGGGCAGCCAUGCCACCAGGAGUGCCGCAACAUGCCCGGUGGCUUUGCGUGCACCUGCCACCUGGGGUACGAGCCCGAGGCGCCCGGCUCGCCGCGCUGCCAUGAUGUUGACGAGUGCGCCGCCACCACCGCUGCCUGCCCCCCGCUCCAGCUCUGCCUCAAUGUGCCUGGCUCCUUCCUAUGUGCCUGCAGGCCAGGCUACCAGCGGGACACCAGGCAGGAGGCCUGCGUGGAUGUGGAUGAGUGCCUGCGACGGCCCUGCCCCGACACCUGCCUCAACAUGCCUGGCUCCUACCGCUGCACCUGCCCACCGGGCUUCGUGUCGGCCGUGGACGGCAGUGCCUGCCGCCCUGACUCUCCCGGCACAGAGGGGCUGGCAGGGACCUCCUGGCCCACACACCCACCACUACCAGCCCUGCCCGCGCGGCCCCCAGGCUCCUCAGUGCAGCCCGCUGCCGCCGCCGCCACCUCCGCUGCCGCCACCACCACCACCGCCGCAGCUGCCACCACCGCUGCCAGCACUGCCUCCCCAGGGCCGGGGUCUGCGCGUGAUGCUGAGCACACCACCGAUGGCCCCAAGCUGCUCCUCUACUACAUCCUGGGCAGCCUGGUGGUCAUCCUGCUGAUGAUGGCUUUCACCCUGGCCUUGCUGGCCUACAGGAGGAGGAAGGCCAAGGAGGAGAAGGAGCAAGCCAAAAGUGCCGCAGAUGACUACCGCUGGGUGCCCGAGCAGGCAGAGAGCAGCACGGCAGGCAGCGAGUUCAGGGCAAGAUCUGAUUAUCUGCAGUCAGGAGCAAUCUUUUUAAAGCUGUUCCAGCACAGAGCUAAUUAAAUAAACCGCCUCAAAACUACAGCAACAGAACACUUCUGCAGAUGAACAGAAAUAAGAUUAGUGGAGUUAAUCAUCCCUGCAGAAUUACUCGGACCUGUUCAUGUGCAAGGCCUGGAGCCUAUGCAAUUUGCUCUACUAAAUUCUGGGAAUUUGGAUAAUGAUGCUUCUCAGAACUCCUGACAAAGCAGGAAAGAAACUACAAGUACAGCUUUGUGCUAUUCACCUAAUAAAGAUGUUAAAACCUGUAAGAAUGAGAUCUUAAUGCAUCACAUUGAGCUCACAGGUACAUAACAUACAUGAAAAUUGUUGAAUUAAGCCUUUCAUAUAAGUAGUCAAGACAGAGAAUAUGCAGUAAAAAGGUAUGAGAAAGUAUGUUCAGGAAGAAUUGUCCAUCUAUUUCUGAUGUAUUCAGAACAAAACCACUUGAAAAAUACAGAAAACAAUCCUCUCCUUCAAAUACAGUCAGAUGAAAGACCAAUCUCUUCCUGUUGCAUCAUUUUUUUGGUAGGCUCCCCUCCCAGUUGCUUAGGUUAAGCUUGCACGAGGUCCAGGCUGAGUGUGUAUUUCAUCUAUCCCUCCUUUUAAAGAGUACACUGGAUAUAGCAUGUUUGCUAACUACUGAAACUUCAACAUCUCCUUCAGAACAAUAUGCUUUACCAGAGCGAAGUUGAUCUUGGUUUGGGUGCUGCAGAGCAGGGGAAACUAAGUCACUUUCCACAUGGCGUGUGAAGGCCACAGUCUCAGCCUCAGCACAUAUUCCAUGGGAAGCUGCAAGGAUGGGGAGACGAUACCUUCAUCCUUGCCUCCACCUGCCAGCUCACAGGGAAACCAAGGGAGCUGGCUACAUCAUUUUAAAGGCCUGAGUGUUGCAUUUCUGCCAGUAAUCCUGUCCAUUUCAGUGAGACUCUAGAUGUGAGUGAACAUCCUCUCACCGUAGUGGGCCAGACACGAAAAAGCAGUCACAGUCUGAACCAAUGGUACAGCCUAUAUACACAGAACAGGAAGAUUUUACCUCAUGCACAUUUCUCUCUUGCUUGCUCUGUGCUUUCCUAGAGGUCAAAUUGCUGAUGUUCCCUUGGAAGAGAGGCAGUCCUAUAGGUUGAAAGUUGGCCUCACUCGAGCACCAACAUUACUGCAAAAAUCUGCCUGGCUAGAACAACAGGAGCCUUUUCCAUCUCGGGUGUACGAGGUUAAAAGGUGUAUCAAGAGGGCUACAUUUGCUUAGAAACUUCACACAGAUUGGCAACCUUGAUCUAUAUAUAGAUGUUUUAGAUAUUCUGGGAAUAAAGUGUGUUGAGCUGUGCUAACCUGUAUGUGCUUAUGCACAGACUAAGGGCUGAGAAAGCUGUUAACGUGCUCCACAAACUGCACUGGAAGCUGGACUGGACCCAGGAAAGUACGUGAAACAGUGGCAUUUUGUAUAAAAAAGUUCCUGAUUUUGCUAACAUUACUACAAAUUUAAAAGCCAGCAGAUUAAAAAAAAAAAAAAAAAAGACUAAAUGCAGUAGGUGGUAAUAUGGCUUUUAGGUACUCAGCCUUCAGAGAGCUGUUUAUUCAGCUGUUUCUGAAAAGGAAGUCUCUUUCUUUAAAUUGUUUCACAGUGAGAACUACUCCAAAACCAAGAUAGAGUGUAGGGGCCAUUCCUUCUUCCAGUCAAAGCAGUGCCAGUUUCAUUAUUUACUGCAGUGAACCAAUGCUAUAUGAAGCAAAAAGGUCCUAGAAAAGAACAGGCAUGUUAUUUGAAGGGUACAUAAGUUCCCUGAAAUUUCUACUAUUUUUACUGUGUACUUGAGGCUUAAAUUGUGACAGAAAUGGGAACUGAACACAAAAGAGUUUGCUGUGGGCAGCAGCCUACAUCCUGUUCUUCAGUAUGUGGAGGAAAACCCUUUCCUGCCUUUUUUUUUUGGUUCUUAAUUUCUCCAUUGUAAAGUAAAAUUAAAAAAAAAAAAAACAGGAAAAUGUAGUUUCUAUCUGAUGUAAAUGUUUUUAAUGUUCUGUUUGUGCUUCCUUUGCACAGUAGUUUGAAGAAGCUGUGAAUUUAACAGUGGCAUUCUUGAAAUUCCCACAGAAAAUUCAUAGCAUUUCUUUGUUAUGACAACAAGCCAGCAAAUUUUGAAUGCAUGAAUAAAUCAAGCAAAUGAGCAAUCUUACUAAAAUUGGUGGAACAACCUAUGUGCACAAAAUUCUACCUGUACUGAACGGCUAUGGUGCCACAGGGUCUGUAUGGGGGGGAAAGCCAUCAUACCAAUGGGCCUCACACUUCAGGGACUACUUGGUUUGCUCUAUCUGAAGCUAAGGUAUUUUCAAAAUGUUUAUAGUCUCAGGAGUUUUUCUGAUGUAUUUUUCAAUUAAGAAAAGAGAUCAAUUAAUUUCCAUAUUAACUCUUUUAUCACACUAUGAAGAAGGGAAAAGGAAGCAUAAAUACAGACUUACAGCUGGUAAAAGUCUGAGAGCUAUUAUUUAUUCCAGAAAUGAAUUAUUAAAACCUGUAAGCCUA